CAGUAAUCUCUUAUGCGCAGUCCUUAGGGUGCUGAUUCAUACAAAACAAUCCCCUUCUCAGGUCACGUGUUUUCCUCAACCAGAUUAUCGACAGGUGGCAUCGGUGACAAAAGCCCAAUGAAGGAGUACCUCCACCCAGAUCUGGAUUCUCCAAUUCGCGAAUCACUUUGUUUAUAUCACGCGCCUUCGGUGUUUCCAUGUACUUUCUAAAGGAAUAUUAAUAUCCGAGGACAAAAACAACGAGAGCAACACACCGCACGUGCUUUGCUAUCGUAAAUGUGAUUUAAAAAAAUGCACUUCGGAACGCGUUUAAUGAUUUUCACUGGGAGAGGUCAGGUGAAUUUGAACGCCACACCGUUUGAUUGACAGGUGGCGUUGGCCCAGUUAACAAUAGAAACGGGAGUGGUUUGCGCCACAGUGACGAAAUGGGUGUGUCUGCAGGACCUAGCAGCCAAUCAGGAAAAGACUAACAACCUGGAAGUCGCGUUCGCCGUGCUGCGGAGAGGCGGGGCGGGUGUUUUGGGGCUGUGGAAACCCAACAGAGCUACGGAAGCGGCGAGAUUAGAGAAAAGAAAAAGAGGGUGGAGAGAUGUGUGGGACUGCACUGUGAGCGCUACUGCAGGUACACUCGGACGCAGUUUUACGCAGCCGCACCGGGCCGCCGCGGCAAGACCGCAUUGAAGCCUUCCUCUCUCCUCGACACCCCCCUUCUCUCGCGUAACCCCCGCAAUGUCUGGCGGAGGAGAGGCAAGGUACGCCCGCAAGGAGACCGGACAAGAGAACCCGAGGAUGCCGGCCUGGAAGCGAGAGAUCUUGGAGAGGAGGAAGGCGAAGAGCGGGGCGUCUGGGGCAGCCGCUACCGCGGAGAAUGGCGCAGGUGGGAGUCCGAAACGCAGUAACGGGGAGCAAACGAUUAACGGCGGCACCGGUGGCGUGCCUAACCGAGACGACGCACACGUCGGGCGGAACUAUUCCAUCGCGGCGGCCAGUCAGCACUUCGCCAACAACAAAGACUCGAGACCGGUGGCCGCGGAGGGCACGGCAAGAAGUCACGUUGACGGACAGGAGAGCUUGGUACUCCAGGAGAGUCUGGGCCCGCUGGAGGAGAACCCGUUCAUCAAGCUGGAGAAGGAGCGGCGGAAGCGCCAGGACCGGGAAAACGCCACUCGUCCGAUCCAGCACAUUUUGGAGCUUUACGGUAACGUUCCUGGCAUACGGACUAUCAGAGCAGAGAAUAUUCUCAUCAUCGAGUCGGAUCCUGAUUACGCUCAUGACGGCGAAGAAGAUAAAAGUCCCAUUUGGCAACAAAACGGUUAUAGCUCAGUGAAUGAUCUCUUGGACAGGAGAGGGAAUGCUGUUACUGAGAUAAGAGCCAAGGAAGUGGUCAUUUAUGACACCACGUUGAGUAAGAGCGAGGAGAAUUUGAGCACCCUCGGUCACCCAAACCACCGAGACCCAUCAUACGAGACGGGUGAGGGUCAAGGGAUGGUGAGCCGAAUCCUGCAGAAGUUUGACUCCAACUACGGGAAGCUGCAGAAAAAGUCUCACAGCACAGAGAACCUGUUGGACCUCGAUGGAAGUGCAGGCAGAAGGCAGAGGACCCGGGUCAAGCCACAGCUGGAUCUGAUGCCAAAGCCCAAAACGGACUCUGUCAAAACCCUGGGCAGCAGGCAGGCAUCAUCGCCCGUCCUCCAGAGUUCUCUCAAAGCAAAACCGCAUUCUCCCGUACUUGAGACGGGCAGCCCGCAGCACAACGUUGAAUCCUCGAAUCAGGUGUUCUCCUUCCGCCAGCGGCUUGAAGAGAAUGGCGAACGCGCGACAUCCGUCACGCCGAGAGAUGAACCAGACAAGGCGCGCGAGGUGACCCCGGAGGUGUCCCUCAACUCCAAGGUGCCAUCAUCAACGCAGAGCCAUUACUCCCUUUCAUCUAAAGUGGUGCACACAUCGCCUGACUUUGAGAUCCGUCCGUCCCCAAAGCCUGAUCUCGCCCAAAUACCCGACCGAGACACUCAGGCACGGGCCCUGGCAAAUCUGCGCCUCCAGUCCAAAAACUCCUUCAUGGUGAUUCCCAAGCGGCAUCUUGCAGCCUCACUUGAAAGUGGCCAAACGGCGCCGCCCAUUGCAGCUGAAUCGCCCCCUUCUCACAAAGUGGCAGAGCGGCCCGUGUCAGGAUUGCCGUCUUCUCACACAUCCGCACCCGCUCUAAUGCUCCAAAAACUGAAGGACGCAAAAAAGGGAAAGGAAGUGGUGCGGCCAGUCUACCCGUUUGCUUCCGUUGCCACAUCUCCUACGUCGCCUGUGCCCUCACAGAAUCAGUCUCCGUCUCCAACCACCCUUUCUCCACCUGCCUUGGCUUCACCUCCCUCUUCUCCAGCCGUCCCAUCAUCACCCACUUUCUCUCCCCGUGCCCUCUCACCGGAACCUUCGCCCGCGUCCCCGACUGACAUCGCUCCUCCUGCAGAAUAUCUCCCCGUCACAAACAUUGACGAUAUCGAUGCGGAAUCUCCACAUCGGGCCUCUGCGCACAGCCCCAGGACGUCAAGAAGGAAGGGUAACACCUUUACUGUGGUGCCUAAACGUCGGGCGGAGGCCGAGGGCAAGGCCAGUUCCCCCGAACCCCAGCAGGAUCCCUCAAGCGACGUGUCACCGGGGUCCACGCCCCCUCAGGCCCCGUUCACUCAGCUGGGCUCCCUGCUCAAGAAACGCUACCCUGCUGUGGAGGAGAUUGAGGUCAUCGGUGGCUACCUUUCCCUCGGAAAGUCCUGCCUCUCCAAGACGGGCACCCUGGGCAAGAAGCUCAAGAUCUCCUUCAAUGAGACAAGUCUUCACAGCACGUACGAGUAUCCGUCCGAAAGCAGCGCGUGGGACAGCGGCGAGGAGGCGGAGCAGGACAAACAGGAGGGGAAGCUCGCUGAAGAACUGCCCAGCAUGGUGGGACGUAUCCACAUCCCUCGGCCAAGUUUCACGAGCUCGCCCACGCACACCAGCAGCAGCAACGACCUCUCAAACUACAUUCCCAAGCACUCGAUGGACUUCAGCGCCUGGCAGGAAUACAAACAAGAGGACAACGUGAACAAAGAGAAGGCCACUUCCCAGCAGACGCAGUUGACAGAGGAGGUCAUGCUGACGCCAGCGGACAGUUCGUCCCUGUCGGACUACAGUAGCGAGCCCGCUCUCUAUUUCUGAUCUAAACAGCACUGAAGUAGCACCUCAUCGGCGGGACUGACGCCACGGGCCAGCGAGGACUGCCACACCUGGACCUGAACCACUUCUAACUUUGCCGGGCCCCGAGCACACGUUCCCCGACGCCUUCGGGGAACACAAGCCACGGUACUUAUUGCCACUCGCCACGAGAUCAUCCAAGUCGUACAGUCGGUCGUGUUCACACCUAAAAAGCAGCUGGGCUGUCUUCUCCCCCACACCCCCCAAAAAAUCCUGGGCAGUUGAUCUGUCAAAACAUCCGAUCCAAUUAAAUAGCUCGUCGGCAUUUCCCCAAGCCGUCCCGUGAUUUUCGUCCACUGUGGUUGUGGUUGACGCUUGCAUCGGGGCGACAUGAGCUUCAAAGUGCAAAGGGCCACUAAGAGCUGCCAAUGCCCAUGUGGAGGCGACGCCACAGCGACACGAGUCCGUCAAAUGAAGGUUGCGUUUCCUCGCUUGCAGUAAAACAAUACAAAAGAACAAUCUGAAAGGGUGCCACAUCGUUUUGUUUUUGUGCGCGCGUGGUUUGUUUUGGUCCAAGCAACGGCUUAAGUUGUAUCUCUUACGGUCAAGCUUCCAGAUGCCUUUUCCGUUUGCUUUCUUUUUAUAUGCCGUGGCAAACCGUAUUGAAGCUGCUGGACGGUUGGUACAACAGCAGUCAAACUUUGACACAAUGUGGAGGCCAAGUGUAAACGACAUCAACGUGCACCCUGGAAGAAGUUUUCUGUAGCAACUUUUUUUUUUGAUCAGUGCUUGAAAAAGUGACCUUUUGCCAAAAA